AUGCCUCGCCACCCCACUACCAGACACGACUACGAGCCCUCAUCCAACCCGUACUCCCACUCAGACACCUCUUCUUCCCACUCGACAUCCCCAACCACCUCGCACGCUGCUCCUCCAACGGGUGGCAAGAAAAAACACAUCUGCCCUACAUGCGAUCGUGUCUUCAGCACCUCCGGCCAUCUCGCUCGCCAUAUCAAGGUUCACACCGGCGAGCGCAACCACAAGUGCCCUUUCCCCGGUUGUGAGACGCGUUGCUCGCGACAGGAUAACCUUCAGCAACAGUAA